UCAAGUGUUUGGGACUUUGCCUUUUUUUAGUGUGUAUGCUUUUUUUUUCUUUAAAAAGAAACAAGUCAAGGAAACGGAGACAGCUGCCUUCAAUACCUGGAUUCUUGGAAUAAGUGACAUCUUCUUUAGACUUCAAAAGAUGGCGCACACUGAGGAAAUGCGAUGGGGGAACCAAACCACCGUAACCAAAUUCAUCCUUGUGGGGUUCUCAAAUCUCCCACACCUGCAAGGCCUACUGUUCUCUGCGGUUCUGUUCCUGUACUUAGUGACAGUGACUGGGAACAUCCUCAUCAUCCUCAUCGUCACAGAGGACUCUGCCCUCCACUCCCCCAUGUACUUCUUCCUCAAAAACUUAUCCUUCUUUGAGAUCUGCUUUACCUUAGUCACAGUGCCCAAGAUGCUGGUCAACCUCCUGGCUGACGACAAGAGCAUCUCGUUUUUUGGAUGCGCGCUCCAGAUGUUCUUCUUCUUCUUCUUUUGCUGUUCGGAGUGCUUUCUCCUGGCAGCCAUGUCCUAUGACCGCUACGUGGCCAUUUGCAACCCACUGUGCUACACCACUGUCAUGAAUCAGCAGGUCUGUUGGAGGAUGGUGGGAGGGGUUUGUAUGCUUGGAAUCCCUGUUGCCCUGCUUCAAGCAGCUUGGCUUUUUAACUUGCCUUUCUGUGGUCCCAAUGUGGUCAACCAUUUCUUUUGUGAUGUACCACCAGUUCUGAAACUGGUUUGUGCUGACACCUCUCUUUACGAGAUGCAGGCCAUGGCUUCCACCCUUCUGUUCCUCAUACUCCCAUUCAUGCUAAUCCUGAUCUCCUACAUCCGCAUCACCAUUACUAUUCUGAAGAUGAAGUCAGCUGAGGGCAAGCGCAAAGCCUUCUCCACUUGUUCCUCGCACCUCAUUGUGGUGACAUUGUUCUACGGGAGUGGCAGCCUGAUGUAUCUACGGCCCAAGUCCAAAUACUCACCGGAUGUAAAGAAGUUCCUGUCUUUGUUCUAUACAGUCAUCACACCCAUGCUGAACCCCAUCAUCUAUAGCCUGAGGAAUAAUGAGGUGAAGUUAGCUCUGAGGAGGAUGCUGGAGCGGAAGGUAUUCUCAUGGAAACGGUAAAUGAGAUUUGUAGGAUGUUUUUGCAAAAUGGUGACUUCUCCAUGAUCCUGAAAACUUUCUUAUGAGGAGAAACUCCUGCAGACAUCCAUACAAAGGGAUAUUGUAUUCUCGAAGACUGAUCUAAUAAAGGGGCUAUUUGAAGGAUUAUUUUCAAAUGAUGAUGUACUUUGAAUAGAAUUCAGUAUAUCUGCUUGCAGUCAUGGGUCCUCUGCAGGUUUACCAUUUUAUUUUGGGAAUGUCAUGUAGGCUGCUAUUUGCAAAGAACCUAAAUAGUUUAGGUCCUGAAAUCCCACAGGUUUUCAAUUGAGCAGUGUAUUUUGUUUCCUCUGGCUUCUUGAAUAUCUGUGGCUAGAAAUUCAUGUUGAUGAAAUACAUGGAUAAGCUCUGCCAUGACACAGCAUGUCAUGGUCCAACUUCUUCCUUUUGCAUAACGCGUGUUACUUCUUGGCUCACUCUGGAGGGUGUGGCACAAGGGGUAAUGUGAUCUCCCCAGUUUCUCUGCUCAGUCAGAUCUGUCUCCAGGACUGUUUGGGUACUUAAAAGCCCUUCCCCACUCAGCCAGACCUGAAUCUACAUGAUCAGAGGAUGGGUCUGGAUGAGUGGCAAACCCUGACUUCCCUGCUUUCAGAGGGGCACCCCAAGGUUCCUCAGGGUGUCUCUUUGUAAGUGAGGAAAGCAUAAAGGUGCUCCAGGGUUUGGGGGGGGGACUAACUGGAGGGGUAGGAUAGAGCAGGUAGCCCAGGCUGCUUGUACUCUUCCGCCACAGAGAAAAUAGACAUAUGUUGCAAUAAAGGAGCAGAGUUUAUUACUACCUUUUGUUACAUCACUUAUUUUUCUUUCACAUGAGACAGCAGAGAUUAUCAACAUGCAUUUGAUCAAGAUCUGUGCCACUGUUAAUUUUUUUUUUUUUAGUUUGAAGAUGAAAAUAGUAUAUAAUUUCAGUUAUCAUAACUUUUUGGAAUAUAUUUUCUAACUUUUUCCCUUGAAAAAUACUGUUUUUAGUUGAACAUUUAUGUAUGCUUUCACUUUAAAAUAAUAAGAGAGCUCAUAUUUUAAACCCCAAUUGGAGAGUUGUGAGGUCUGUAAAUAUGACAUUAAAAUAUAAGGAAAGGGAAUACUUUAUAUUACAGUCUCUUUUUAUUUCUCUUCAAAACCCCAAUUAUUUCCAAACUCUGCUUGUUUUUAUUCAUUCUUACUAGUUUUGUAGAAUUAAGAGCUGUGUUAUAGGGGCAUAUUUUCAAUACUAAGCUAAUCUAAAAAAAAUAAAAUAAAAUAAACCCUUUGGACUAAACCUUUUUUUUUUUUUAUCAAAAUGAAAAUAUUUCAAAUAAAUGUGUUUUGUUUUGUUUUUUAAUUUGGUGGGAGAAAAUAUAUUUAACUUCCGUGCUAUUGGUUGAGCUAACAAGUCUUCCCUGACAUUAGAUUUUUAAAAAUAUAAACAUAAAUUAACAAUUCAAAAAUCCUGUCCAUUCAUUUUACUCUGCCGUCCUCAGCUUCAGGCUAUCGAGUACUUUCUAUUCGGGGGUGGGAAGCACAGAAGUUCUUCAAAAAAUGGUUCCAUGGAGGAAAAGAAUUCACUACACAUCCAAGGCUUAAAUAUAGGGCACCCAACCACUUCUCUGAAAUGGGCAUUUGCCAGUUAAAAUGAAAGAAGAAGAAAGGAAAAAGAAGAUAUAGUAAGAAGAAUGGAGACCCUAGCUGCAGAGGAAGUGUGUCUAAAUGUAAAUGGAGGGAUUUAUGUAAUAUCUGUUUUGAAACCUUAGGCAUUACCUAAAUAAAAGUGUAAAAAUGUUACUCUAAGGCGUAGUACUUUGGAGGAAGAGAUUAUCAAUAAAUCCCUGCUUCAACUUGC